AUUGGUAUCAAAAGCAAAGACUGGCAACACGUACUAAAGUUCAAGAAAUAAAAAUGGCUACUCCUUCGAGUGAAGAGUUACAAGUUAAAAGUAAAAGACCUUCGAGUAGUGCCUUUAAACAACAAAAAUUGCCAGCUUGGCAACCUAUUUUGACUGCUGGAACAGUUCUUCCUACAUUUUUUAUUAUAGGUUUAGCAUUUAUACCCAUUGGUAUAGGUCUAUUGGUUUCAUCUAAUGAAGUAGAAGAACAUGAAGUGUGGUAUACAAAUUGCACAAAUGAGAAAAAUGAAUCUUGUGCUGAUGUAAUAGCUAAGGACAUCAAAAGUCAGUGCAGAUGUAAUUUAACAUUUCAAUUGCCAAAUUUUAAGAAAGAAGUAUACAUGUAUUAUGGUUUGACAAACUACUAUCAAAACCAUCGUCGUUAUGUGAAAUCUCGGGAUGAUGCUCAACUUGUAGGAAAGACUCUUGAGGGAAGUCGGGAUUGCGCCCCUUUCCAAAAGUUUAAAAAUUCUUCUGUUGAAUAUUCUAUUGCUCCUUGUGGUGCAAUUGCUAACAGUCUCUUCAAUGAUAGUUUGAAAUUAUACUAUAUUGAUGACAAUAAUCAAGAAAUUGCUAUUGGAUUAAAAAAGACUGGAAUUGCUUGGCCAACUGAUAAAAAUGUAAAAUUUAAAAAUCCUCCUGGAAAUGUAACUGAUGGAAAAGCCUUUGAACAUACAAUUCCACCACCAAACUGGAGAAAACCCGUGUGGAAAUUAGAUCCGAAAGAUGAAAAUAAUAACGGCUAUCAGAAUGAAGAUUUAAUAGUAUGGAUGAGAACAGCAGCUUUGCCUACAUUUCGGAAGUUAUACAGACGCAUAAAUCAUAAUCAGGAAAGAUUUAAAAAUGGUCUUCCCAAUGGAACAUACAAAUUGGUUGUGGAUUAUAAUUAUCCUGUUACUUCUUUCAAAGGUACAAAACGUAUGAUUCUUUCCAAUACUUCAUGGUUAGGAGGAAAAAAUUCCUUUUUGGGUAUUGCAUAUAUUGUUGUUGGUAGUAUUUGCCUUGUUUUAGCAGUAAUAUUUUUAGUGAUUCAUAUCAAAUUUGGGAAAAGUACCCAUGAUUUGGUGAAUAUUACACAAAGGACACCAUAUUAAUUU